AUGCAGCUGCACCGCCAGAAGAAGCACCACCACCGCCAGGCCUCCAACACGGCGCUCGAGCAGCUCCACGACGCCAUGGGCGAGGGCGACGCUGCGGCUGUCGUUAAUAAGUUGCAGAGCGCCUAUCAAGUUAAUGGACUGAAGGAAGGCGUUAUUUGUGAUGAAAGCUUCUUGAGAUUCAAUGAAAUUGAGAGUGAAAGUUGCUACCAACUAAAUGGAAGUGGAAAAGAGGGAGGAGGUGGUGAGCCACCAAAAGGUUCCCUCAGUUGGGCCAUUGACAAUCAUUUUGGCUCUUUAGAUGCACUUGUGCAGAAAAUCAAUGCAGAAGGUGCUGCUUUACAACAUCAAAACAAAUGCUGCGAGUUGCAAGAAUCUAGUUGA